AUGUGCCCAAACAUUGGAUCGAGUUAUGUUUUUGUGCUGAGUUUGUGCUGCAUUGGACUUCAAGGAUAUGCGUCUGCCUGUAAACACGAGCCAGAGACCCCAGACUGGAGAAUGACUUUAAAAACGAUUCGCAACGGCAUCCACAAGAUUGACUCCGUCCUGAAUGCUGCCCUGGACUUGUUUGGGGGCGAUGAUGGCUUGUGUCACUACAGGUGCGCCGAUGGGUACAAGCCAGCACCUCGCCCUGGGUACAAGCAGCCGCCUCCCAAUGGAUGUGGAUCUCCACUCUUUGGCUUCCAGUUUGAUAUAGGCAUUCCAUCUAUGACUAAAUGCUGCAACCAGCACGAUCGCUGCUACGAUACCUGUGGCCGUGAAAAGCAAGUCUGUGAUGAGCAGUUUCAAGAUUGUCUGGAGACCAUCUGCAGAAAUGUGCAGAACACUCUUGGACUGGCCCAGAGUGUUCAGGCAUGUGAAUCUGCCGUGACUCUGCUCUUCGACGCCGUCAUGCACUUGGGCUGUAAACCGUACCUGGACAGCCAGCGAGAGUCUUGUGUGUGUCAGUACGAAAUCAAGAAGGAGCUGUGA